ACAUGUAUCGCUGACAAUAAUUGUUGAACAAAGAUCGCUUCUGCAAAAAUGUCUUUGCAUUCAACACCCAUCCUGUAUUUAAAUAUGGGCGGCGAGAUGUUGUACGUUUUACGACAAAGACUGAAGGCGCAAAAGAUCGAUGUCGACAAGACAAUACAAGUAUUAGAUGACGUAACAGCCGCUUUGCUCAAUCCUAAAAUAUUAUCGCCGAUUUUCGAAGAUUCGCCGAUGAUUGGAAUAUCGGAGUUACGCACCACUUUAGAAAGCGUCGCUCUUUCAUCCAUCAUGAAACUAGACAGGAGUAGCAUGGACAAAUUAUUCGAUCUAAUGAUCAUGAUGGUGAAGUAUCAAUUGAAGGUGGCUACUGGACCCAGAGAAAUCAUUCUCAUCACUCUGAAUCACAUAGACGGAAUGCGCGACAUAGUCAACGAUGUAAAUGCACAAAAGUGCGUCAGCAUGGUGCAGCAGAUGGUUGUUAGCUUUUAUGGCUGCCUGACUUUCGAAGAAGUCUGGAAUGUACGGGAGAAUUGCCUGAAAGAAUUGGAACCGUACCAUGUGCGAGUUUCAAUCCUCCUGCGACGCGGUUUACAAAAUGACGACGCUAGCUUUAACGUAGUACCUCAAAAAUACGAUGAGAAAUACGUAAAGCACGGAAACAUUCUAGCGACGAUGAGGAUUAAAGAUGUGAGCCCUGAGACGUGUUGCGGAGGAUCCUUCGAUACUUUUGGUGAUAGAAAGACGUUAUUAGGCAAAAAUAUAUACUUGCCAACAUACGGCCUAACGGAGGGCGCAAUGCGAGACAGCCAACAGUUUGUAAGAGACUGCGGCACGAAAGCAGAAUUAGGCAUGUUGGCUGUUCAGCUGGGAACUGAGGAAACUAAUUAUGAGAGACCAUUUACGCUUAAUUUAUUGUCAAACAUGGACGAAGAGACUGUAAAUAAUGCAAGUAAGGAAACUGACAUCGAAGGAAACUAUGCUAAACGAAAUAACGCGGAAAACGGAAAACCAAAAUUGAACGAAGAUUACAAAGCCAAACUUGAUACAGUAUAUGCGGAUUUUUUCGAGGACGAGCACGAAGGUUUGAAAUGCAGUAUGGACUUGCUCGAUCUUCUCGACGAGAUCGAAUGAUUUAAAAUUUUAACUGAAACAUACAACGCAUUGCAAUUAUUUUUCCUAUAUUU